CGAGCGUCGGGGCUGUGAUGAUGGAGAACAAAGAUCCAGUUAUGUAACGUUUAUUGUGGUUUUCAAUUUAAUUCGUUUUAGCAAUGCGUAGACUUAUAGUAUGGCGUCAACUGAGGUAGCAACUUGACUUACAUUGAGUGUCCUAUACAACACCAGAUGCAACUGUGUUUGAAUAUUUUUAUUUGAUCUCGCAUACUGAUUUACUCUUGAAAGACAAAACAUCGUGAGGCAGGCAAGCAAGCGAACAGCCUACAGUUCCGCGUUGAUAAACAAGGAACAACGAUCCAGGCAAAAAAAUUAUCUUAACUGAUCACGUGUCUACUCUAAAGCGACCGCCUUCGUGGACAUAAUAGCAGCCUGGGGCUGACGGAGUCUUUGUAUGGCAGUUUUGCCUAACGAAAUUACAGCCAGUCUGUACUCUCGCCAGAGCCUUUCCUUGCGAUGGGCAGUUUCUGUCUCUUACGGAGUCGCUGUUUCCUCCGCCAGGCUUCGCCCGGCCUGUCUGCGGUGCUGCGCCGGCAGUACAGCCUGAGCAUUUCUGCAGACUUGGUACGGACUCAGGGCUUCAUCGGCGGCCGCUGGGUGUCAGCUCCUUCCUCCUUCCCCGUGUUGGAUCCUGCGACUGGCAAGGAAAUCGCGAGUGUGUCGGACUGCGGUCCGCAAGAAGCCCGAGACGCGGUAAACGCAGCGUAUAAGGCUUUCUACUCGUGGAAACAGCAGACAGCCAAGGAAAGAAGCAUUCUUCUGCGGAAAUGGUUCGAUUUACUGACACAACACAAGGAGGACCUUGCCAAGCUGAUUACUGCUGAGUGUGGGAAGCCAAUGAAGGAGUCCCUAGGGGAGAUCGCGUACUCCGCCUCCUUUCUGGAGUGGUUCUCUGAGGAGGCGCGCCGCGUCUACGGAGACAUCGUGCCUCCAGCUGCCAAGGACCGCAAGAUCCUACUGCUCAAGCAGCCUGUGGGCGUGGCCUCCAUCAUCACCCCGUGGAACUUCCCCAGCGCCAUGAUCACCCGGAAAGUGGGCGCAGCCCUGGCAGCCGGCUGUACGGUUGUGGUGAAGCCGGCCGAGGACACUCCCCUCUCUGCCCUUGCGCUAGCCGUGCUGGCUGACCAGGCUGGGAUCCCUGCAGGCGUGUUUAACGUGGUGCCCUGCUCCAGAGAGCGCACCCCUGCUGUCGGGGAGGUCCUGUGCACCGACCCCCUGGUGGGAAAGGUCUCUUUCACCGGCUCCACGGCCACCGGAAAGAUCCUCUUAAAGCAUGCUGCGGGCACGGUCAAGAGAGUGUCCAUGGAGCUCGGGGGACACGCGCCCUUCAUCGUCUUCGACAGCGCCGACGUGGACAAAGCCGUGCAGGGAGCCAUGGCCUCCAAGUUCAGGAACUCCGGCCAGACCUGCGUGUGCUCCAACCGCUUCCUGAUUCAGAGCGGGAUCCACGACCAGUUUGUGGAGAAGCUGGGGAAGGCCAUGGACGCAGAGCUGCGUCUGGGACACGGGUCCGAGCCCACCACCACGCAGGGACCCCUCAUCAACGUCCGCGCCGCCGAAAAGGUGGAGCACCAGAUCGCCGACGCAGUUUCCCAGGGGGCCACGGUGCUCAGGGGGGGGAAGCGUCUGGAGGGGUCCUUCAUGGAGCCCACCCUGCUGGCCAACAUCACCACCGACAUGCUGUGCACCAAGGAGGAGACCUUCGGCCCCCUGGUCCCUGUGCUCAAGUUUAACACAGAGGAGGAGGCGCUAAUGAUUGCCAACGCAUCCCGUGUGGGUUUGGCAGGAUAUUUCUACUCUCGCGACAUCAGUCAAAUCUGGCGGGUGGCAGAGCAGCUGGAGGUUGGCAUGGUCGGGGUCAACGAGGGCCUGCUUUCCACACCGGAGGCCUCCUUUGGGGGGGUCAAGCAGUCUGGCCUGGGCAGGGAGGGAUCCAAGUACGGCAUCGAGGAGUACCUGGACGUCAAGUACAUGUGUUUAGGAGGGCUGACCCCCUGAACGCACACACACCCCAGACUGGGGGUUCAGGGGGUCCUCUGUAUCCGCUCAGCUUGUCACACUUCUCAAGCACAGCUGCCUAUAAAAAGACAAUCCUCUCAUACAAUUUCUUGGUCUGAUUCCAACUACAUAGCCUUUCAUUGGUGUGUUAAUUCAAGUGUUUACAAUAGUCCCCAGUUUAGCAAAUGGCACAAAAGUACAGCGGAAGCCAAGCCUGCGUGGGUUUAAACCUGCUGUCACCUUAACUGACCUCAGCAGUCAUAGUGACUUGUUUGGCUGUGUGUUUUAGAAUUUCUGGUAACAGUUACAGUCAGCAAGACAAC